GCUCAGCGUGUUUUUGGAUGGAUUUGAGCUGAGAGACACAUUGAAACCGACCUGUUAAUAAAUGACAAUGAGUGUGGACGUGCACUUUUAUGUGUUUAGCCUACCUGGGUUGAGCUUCCCACAAGCCGAAUAGGCCUCGUCUUGUUUACAGUCCUUGUUACUGGCAACAACGUCAUCGAGUCUAUCUGACAUCCCGGAGGCGGGGACCACAGAGGAAACAACCAAUCAGCACGCCGGUUCGAGAGCUGGCGGAGUCGGACCAUAUAAAUAUAGCGGAGCUCGACGGCCGCAUGUCACUAAAGAGGAAACAGAAGUGGAGCCCAAAUUCAUAGCAGAAAAGACUCCUACUCACGAGUGGAUUGAAAACAUCUGAAUUAGUCACUGGACUCCGCUUUGAAUCCAACUAAAGGCGCAGCCCUGCCAGACUACAAGCUGCUAAAGCAGAAUAUGAACUUGAACUUCUCCGACUCAUAUCGGAACUCAAACUUCAAGUCACAGCACCUGCGCGCCGACAGUGAUUUCUAUUCCGCGGGGACGGCGGACGUGGGCUCCCUGAAGCUCGCCUCUCCUGAACUGGAGCGAUUGAUCAUCCAGAACAGCAACGGGGUGAUCACUACAACGCCGACACCUGCACAUUACCUCUACAACCGCGGGAUCACAGAGGAGCAGGAGGGCUUUGCUGACGGUUUUGUUAAAGCGUUGGACGACCUACACAAGAUGAACCAGAUGGCUCCUCCAAACGUGUCCAUCAGCGCCGGUGGGGUUGCCUGCUCGACUCCAGCUUCAGUGUUCGGCUCAUCCAUGCAGCCAGAGCUCGAGUACACCACCCUGGGCGGCUGCAGCACGAACGCCAGCCUGUCUUCUGCAGCCAACUAUCCUUCCACCACUAUCAGCUACCUGCCGCACCACCAGUAUCACCAGCAUCCCCAGGCCGUUGCGCACGGAUCUCACCAUUUCCAGCACGCCCUGGCCGGUGCGGGCAUCCAUUCGCAGCGGUACGGCGGGUUGAAAGAGGAGCCUCAGACAGUCCCCGACAUGCAGAGCAGCGACAGUGGGUCUCCGCCGAUGUCUCCCAUCGAUAUGGAGAACCAGGAGCGGAUCAAAGCGGAGCGCAAGCGGCUGAGGAACCGGCUCGCAGCCUCCAAGUGUCGGAAGCGCAAGCUGGAGCGCAUCUCUCGUCUGGAGGACAAGGUGAAAAUUUUGAAAACUGACAACGCCGGACUGUCAAACACGGCUUCUGUACUGCGAGAGCAGGUGGCCCAACUCAAACAGAAAGUCAUGACACACGUGAGCAGUGGCUGCCAGCUCAUGUUAGCGCCCAAAGUCAAGUCUUAUUGAAGAAACAAUGCACUUUUAAAAACACUGGGAAAGAACUGCACUGACAAAACGAUGAACAAUGUCUUUAUACAUUGUCUGUGAGAGAGAACCGGACCAUUAUGGUUUCUUUGGCUGAAAGAGAAAAAGCCUACAAAGAAAUCAUAGACUAAAACACUUCGGGCAUUUUUGAACAAGUUAUUGAAAGUGUCGUCCUGACUUUGCCUGUUUACAUUUAACUUUAAUUGCAAUUUGUCAUUCAUUCUUAUGUAACUUAUUUGUGUUUGUCAGGUUGAACCUGCUGAGUUUUUACUUGUACAGUAUAUAUUUAAGUAAAUGAAAUUAUGAACCCGA